AGCUGUAAUAUUUCUGGUGUCCAAUGUAAGGAAAGUGAGUGGGAGAAAGAAAAAGAAAAACAAGUAUAUAACUUUCCCUUUUACCAAACAAAAGAAAACGUUACAAACAGCAUGGGAAAGUGGAGACAACAAUGGAGACUCAGGAAUUUCCAUCUUUUCUCUCUUCACUUUUGAUUCAAACUUUGAUCUCCCUCUGCCUUCUCCAAAUACCACACAUCCCCCAGCCUUUUUUUCUUCGUCCUCUUUCUCUCUCUCCCAGUCUCUUUAGCAUAUGAGUGUGUUUCUUAAGGUAUUUUGAUUUUAUUGUGUGCUUGGUUGUCUUUUAGAUAAAGAUCGUAGAUUAAGGGCUAGUUUAGCAUUAAUUUCGUAUGUGUCUUAACACCAAGGGUUAGUUGAAUUUUUUUACAGUGAAAAGAAUCCUUUUUUUCCUUCCGUAAUUUCUUGCUUGUGUAAUUAUAUAGGCUGUACCAGCUUGUUAAUAUAUACCCAUAUUGAAAAUAUAGUGAAUUAUUGUUUGUUUCUGGUGUUUUGUUUGCUUGUAUUAAAUGUCUUGCUUGGUGAGGUAGGAAGGAAGGGUCUUUUAGCUAAAUAGUAGUGGUGAGAUUAUUGAUAAGGGAACUUUUUUUUUCAAAAACAAAUCUUUGGGUUUUUUUUUUUGAGUUUUGUAAAGAGAGGAAAUUAAGAAGACCUCAUUUGGUUAUUGUGGAGAUCUGGGACUUGUUUAAUCUCUUAUGCCCAAUGAGAACUUUCUUUCCCUCUGAUUCAUGUAAAGAAUCACAGCUUAAUGCUGUCAAUCCUCAGUCUUGGCUCCAAGUUGAAAGAGGGAAGCUUUCCAAAUUAUCUUCUUCCCCGACCACCUCUUCAUCCAUAGAAUCAUUUAUCAAGGUUCCCGAGCCACCAUUGUUGCCAUUCUUUAAACCUAUUGAUUAUGUAGAGGUUUUAGCUCAAAUUCAUGAAGAUCUGGAGUCAUGUUCUCCCCAAGAGAGGUCAACUCUUUAUUUGUUACAAUUCCAGAUCUUCAGGGGACUUGGAGAAACCAAAUUGAUGCGGAGAAGCCUCCGCUCGGCUUGGCAGAGGGCUGCCACUGUCCAUGACAGGCUUGUAUUUGGGGCAUGGUUGAAGUAUGAGAAGCAAGGAGAAGAACUUAUUGCUGACUUGCUUGCAACUUGCAAUACGUGUGCCCAAGAGUUUGGGCCGGUCGAUGUUUCUCAGCUUCAAGUCGAGGUGAGUGGCUUUCCCCAGGAGACUGUUGUGAUGAAUGGGAACAAGAGACCAAAAAACGUGAACUUUAAGAUUGGAGAUGAGAAAAUCGUUUGUGAUAGGCAGAAAAUUGCUUCUCUUUCAGCUCCUUUUCAUGCUAUGCUGAAUGGUUACUUUACUGAAUCGUUUUCCGAGGACAUAGAUUUAUCCAAAAACAAUAUAUCCCCAUUGGGUAUGAGGACAAUUGUUGAGUUCAGCAUCACAGGAAGUUUGAGCAAAGUUCAUCCUGAUCUUUUGCUGGAAAUACUAGUUUUUGCAAACAAGUUUUGUUGUGAAAGACUCAAAUAUGCUUGUGAUAGGAAACUUGCAUCUUUGGUUCGCACCAAAGAUGAUGCAGUAGAGUUCAUGGAAUAUGCCAUCGAACAGAAUUCUCCUGUCCUGGCUGUGUCAUGUUUGCAAGUUUUAUUGCACGAACUGCCUGAUUGUUUGAAUGAUGAACGAGUGGUCGAAAUAUUUAGCAAUGCCGAUAUACAACAGAGAUCAAUCAUGGUUGGACAGGCCUCAUUUCCAUUGUAUUGUUUAUUAAGUGAAGUAGCUAUGAACCUAGAUCCUCAAUCUGAUAAAACUGUUUGUUUCCUAGAACAGUUGAUUAAGUCAGCUGGAACUGACAGAGAGAGAUUGCUAGCUUUUCAUCAGUUGGGAUGUGCAAGGCUUCUGAGGAAAGAGUAUGAUGAAGCCGAAAGUCUUUUUGAGAGAGCUGUAAGUUUAGGACAUGUUUACUCUAUUGCGGGUUUGGCUAGACUCGGUUACAUUAAGGGUCAUAAACUUUGGUCUUAUGAGAAGCUCAGCUCUGUGAUUUCUUCCGUUAACCCACUAGGGUGGAUGUAUCAGGAAAGAUCAUUAUACUGUGAAGGUGAUAAGAGGUGGGAAGACCUUGAGAAAGCAACUGAACUGGACCCAACUCUCACAUACCCCUACCGGUAUCGAGCUGCUUCUCUUAUGAUGAAACAGAAUGUCCAAGCUGCUCUCGCUGAGAUCAACAGGGUUCUUGGGUUUAAACUUGCAUUGGAAUGCUUGGAACUCCGAUUUUGUCUCUAUUUAGCUAUUGAGGAUUACAAAGCAGCCAUUCGUGAUGUUCAGGCAAUCCUAACACUUUCCCCAGAUUACAGAAUGUUUGAGGGACGAGUGGCAGCAUCCCAGCUCCGUACGCUUGUGCGUGAGCAUGUUGGGAAUUGGACAACUGCAGAUUGUUGGAUGCAGUUGUAUGAUAGGUGGUCUUCUGUUGAUGAUAUCGGAUCACUCUCUGUAAUCUACCAAAUGCUUGAAUCGGGUGGGGCAAAAGGUGUUUUAUACUUCAGACAAUCAUUACUUCUCCUCAGGUUGAACUGUCCAGAUGCGGCUAUGCGAAGUUUAGAAUUAGCUCGUGAACGUGCAUCCAGUGAGCAUGAACGUCUGGUUUACGAGGGAUGGAUCCUAUAUGAUACUGGUCACUCUGAGGAAGGGCUUCGGAAGGCAGAAGAGUCUAUCAAAAUUAGUAGAUCUUUCGAGGCCUUCUUCCUUAAAGCUUAUGCAUUGGCUGACUCUAGUCUCGAUUUAUCUUGUUCUUCAACAGUUAUUUCACUGCUUGAAAAUGCCUUGAAAUGUCCCUCGGAUAAUCUUCGGAAAGGUCAAGCUCUUAACAAUCUUGGAAGUGUCUUUGUUGAUUGUGGGAAAUUAGACUCAGCAGCUGAUUGCUACAUCAAUGCCCUCAAAAUCCGUCACACUAGAGCCCAUCAAGGUCUUGCACGUGUCCAUUUUCUAAAAAACGAUAAGGCUGCCGCAUAUGUCGAAAUGACCAAACUGAUCGAAAAAGCUAAGAAUAAUGCAUCAGCGUAUGAGAAAAGGUCCGAGUACUGUGAUCGUGACCUCACAAAGGCAGAUCUGGAGAUGGUCACUCGACUAGAUCCACUCCGGGUAUAUCCUUACCGGUAUCGAGCUGCAGUGUUAAUGGAUAACCACAAGGAGAAGGAAGCCAUUGCCGAACUGUCUAGGGCAAUCGCAUUUAAAGCAGAUCUUCAUCUUCUACACCUACGAGCUGCCUUCCACGAGCAUGUUGGCGAUGUGUUCGGGGCCCUCCGAGAUUGUCGAGCUGCUCUCUCUGUUGACCCUAACCAUCAAGAAAUGUUGGAACUGCACAGCCGUGUCAACAGCCAUGAACCAUAAAUCUUUUUUUCUCUCUCUCUUUUGGGUUAAGAAUGUUAAAGGGAAAAAAUGGAAAUUACUUCGGAUAAAUGAGGGGGGGAAGAGAUUUUGAACUGAAUGAUACUAUCGUCAUCAUCCAUAAGUAAACUUUGAAAUUUACCCUGUAAGAAUUUUUGGUUAUGAAGUUUGUUCAGUGCCUUGUUACUCAUCUUCAGCCAAAUAAUCAGAUGCCAUGGCGUUGGUGGAUUA